AUGCGUCGGCGGCCAGGCGGGAGGGGUGCGCGCCGUGUCCGCGGUGCGGACCGCCUAGGCGCGCUCCCGGACGCGGUCCUGCAGCACGUGCUGUCCUUCCUGCCGUCGCGCGACGCCGUGCGCACCAGCGUGCUCGCCCGCCGCUGGCGCCACCAGUGGAAGUCCGUGCCGGCCCUGCGGAUCACCGGCGUCGACGCCUUCGAGAGCGCCCGCCACCUCAACGGCUUCGUCAACCACCUCAUCGUCCUCCGCGACCGGACGACUCUCCACGCCUGCGAGAUCGUGGCCUACCUAAAGUACGAGGACUACGGCGAGGGGUCCCGAGACGACGACGACGAGGAGCGGGAGCGGUACACCGACCUCUGGGUCCGGUACGCCUUGUCGUGCCACGCUCGGCUGCUCCGGCUUAGCGACCAUGACACCGAUAACCACGAAGCCAAACACGAGGUUCUGCGGAGUGUUAUACUUGCCACUCCCAUCUCCUCCCCUCAUCUGACGACGUUGGAUUUCGAUGGUGUCCAUUUCUCGGACGAAUGCUCUCUUGAUUUCUCCGGCUGCCCAAACCUGGAGACCUUAAAGAUGAGCCGUUGCUCCUUCCUAAGCGUACUCAGCUACGAUAUAUCGUCGCCGUCUGUGCGAUGCCUGAGCAUCACGGACUGUGAUUUUCGUCGCAUUGACGAGAAGAAACAGGCCAUCAUCUCUGUGCCAAGCCUCGUCUACCUGGAGCUGGCCGCGGAACGUGGCAUGGUUCCCGCGUUUGAGAGCACGCCGUCCUUGCUAUCCGCAUCUAUCAAGCUUGAAGACAGUGCUCACUCUUGGAUUAGGGACGAAAAGGAUGCUUCCUUGCUCCUUGAACGCUUCUCAGAUGUUACCACUAGUCUAGACCUCAUAGCUGACCGUCAACAGCUUGCUCUCAGGAAAGAUUUAAAACUGUGCGCUACAUUUACCAAGCUCAGAAUCUUGUCACUCAAUGAUUGGUGUGUGGAGCCUGAUUUUGGCCCACUGCUGUACAUUCUCCGGCGGUCACCAAGUCUGGAGAAGCUCCGCCUCCGGCUAUCUAAGCCAUAUCUAGCUGCUGAGGAAACCGACGGAAGCUACGAUUUGACAGAACCAUUUUUGGUGUCAAAGCAUCUCAAGGUCGUCGAGAUCAAAUGUCGGGCAAAAGAUGAGAGAGCUCACAGAAUUUCGAAGGCCCUUUGUUCCUAUGGAGUAUCUGCUGAUAAAAUCAACAUCAAGGAAAGAAUACGGUCCUCCAAUGGAAUAUAUUAUGAGUCUGACACGUCAAUCCAUUCGUAUUCAGAUCCGGAGAAAUAUCAGUUAGAUUAACAUUUGAGGCAUUGUUCCCUCGCAAAAAAAAAAUUGAGACAUUGUUAUGAAUUUACUUGCUUCACCAGAGGACCUUUUGCGUAAGUUUUAGUUGUCGAGUCGAGGCCUUUGUAGUUAAUUUCACAAAGCUGAAGUAUGGAUACAAUUUGGAUUUG